AUGGAGGAUCUCGAAUCAAUGCCCGCAGUGGUUAUUACAAAGGUCGUGGGGAAGAGACAAAAGGAGGUAAUGAACCUCAAUCAGGUCUCACGAGAGACAUUUCAACCGGAGCAGGAAAAUGACAAGAGCUUGGAAGGUGCAGAGCUAAGGACACGGUAUACGGACUUGGCCGUCCAGGAGGACCAGGGAGGCCCUCGGAGGACCCAGGAGGGACCAGGCGACCGGACCACAGCCCAGGACCCACUACGACGGAGGAGCAGCCCAGCGGACCAGGCAUCGACCCACUACCGGCGGAGCGGACAAGGCCCACCUCAGGAGGAGGCGACCACCGGGAGAGGAGUUGGUAAGCGUCAACCGCCUUUUCUUGCCUGCCUCUCCCGGCCCGGGAGAGGCCUCUCCCUGCUGCCUGGACCUGCUGCCUGGCCCUCGAGGAUGCCCGGCCCCCGGAGGAAGAGGCCUGCCGAGCCGGGAGACCCGGCUCAGCCGGGGCCUUCCCGGACUGGCCCCACGCCGCCGCCACCUGCCGGGCGGGCUCGGCGACGACCUGCACCCACGGCUGCGGGUUCCCCGACGCCUCCGGCGACCCGACGCCUUCGGCCCGGGACGCCCGCCUCCACCUCGGCCUCGGGCGGGACCUCGACGUUGUCUCCUGCCUUCUCGUCGCCCUCGUCGCAGCAGGGCCCCUCGCCUCGGGCGCUCCGAAGACGCCCGGCGCCUUCUUCGGCUGACUCCCCGGUGCCACCGCCACCUCGACGCCCACGACCCGGCUCUGUGGCCUCGGAUGGGACCCCUCGACCACCCCCUUCACCUGUACUACCCCAGGUCGAGCCCCGUCCCCCGGUCCUCAACAACGGCGUGCUGACGGACUACUACCCCGUUCCCGGCACCCUCCGCUGCCUUCACCGUGAGUGCGACGCGGUGUACACGACUUCGUCGUGGUGCCUCCGCGUCCGCUACCUGAGGCGGCACUUGGAGGGCGCCCACGGCGUCGCAGUGCGGGAGCGCGUCACCAUCUGCGCUGGCUGCGAGGCGCCGUUACCGGCGCAACCUCACCGCCACUCCUGCGGUACCGACGCACCACAGGCGUCCACGUCCGUUCAGUCAGGUCUCGUGUGCUCCCGAUGCCCUCGGGAGUUCCGCCUACCGCACCACCUGGAUGCGCAUUUGCGGUGGCAUGAUCUGCACGACGUGGCUGGCCCUAUUGCCAGGAGUUCGUCGCCUCCGUCCCCGGUCCCGGCCGCGGCCUCUUCUACGUCAUCGGGAGCAACCCCUACCGACAGCCCGAGGUCGUCUACGUCCUCCUUACCGAGCCUACCCCGGUCUCCGUCGCCGCCACUACCAUCGGCGGCCCCUCGGCCCGUCCGUGGCCCACCUUCUCUCUCGCCGUCAACACCGCGCGAGCACUCACGCUCGCCCGCUUCGUCGCCCCCGGCAUUCCGUGUUCCAUCCGCCAGGGCCGCGUCGACCGCUUCGCGGUCAUCCAGGUCGUCGCCGACUCCCUCGGAGCCUGAGGCGCCUGAUGACCCUGGCCCGGAUGUUCUGCAGGCCGACGUUGCCGAUGCCCCCGUGGACGUGCCGGCCAUGAACCUUCCCCCGGACCACACCCGCCUGCUCGCGGAACAGGUCCGUGUCCUGCGGUCUACCCUGCGAGAAGCCCCUCCUGCCCAGGAGGCUCGGAACCAGGCAGUCGCUCUAGCAGUGGCGGCCGUCCGCAUCCCUACUGCGUCGUCGGCAAGUGCUCCCCGCCAGAUCAACCCCGCGAACGCCGCCGACAUCCAGCGCCUGUACCGGCGCAACCGUCGGAGCUGCAGGAUCAUUGGGGGACGACCUGGGCAGCACGUACGGCCGACACCCGCCUCCUCUUCCAGCGACCGGCAGGCCCCGGCCCCUGUCAACACCACACCCUUCUCCGAGGAUGAGGUCCUUGAACGCCUCCGCAAAGCCGAGAACACCGCCCCGGGUUCGGACCGCCUCACCUACCACCAUUGGAAGUCCGUGGACCCGGAGGCUCGGUUUCUCUCGGCGUUGUUCAACGCGUGCAUUCACCAUCGCCGCACGCCGGACUCCUGGUGGACCUCGAGGACCGUCCUCAUCUACAAGAAGGGCGACCCGGCGAUCCCUAGCAACUGGCGGCCCAUUGCACUUGGCAGUACGGCUUCCAAGCUAUACGCCAAGUGCCUCGCCGCCCGCCUCCUGUCUUGGCACCGCUUCGAUGGGGCGCGCUCUGGCGGUCCAGAUAUGUGCGCGGCCCUACUGGAUUUCACCAAUGCGUAUGGAUCGGUCCCUCACGGGGCCCUGCUCGACGCCCUCCGCGGAUCCGGUGCGGGUUCUACCUUCACCGACCUCAUCGAGGACCUGUACCGGGACAACCGGACGGUCCUCGUCGCCGCAGAGGGGACGUCCGAGCCUGUGUCCAUCGCCGCCGGUCUCCGCCAGGGUUGCCCGCUCAGCGGGCUGCUCUUCAACUUGGUGGUGGAUCCGGUUAUCCGAGGAGUCCAAGGCACCGGCGACGCACACAACAUCCUUGCGUACGCCGAUGACCUCACGCCGUUGGCCGACUCACCCGCAGCGCUGCAGCGUCGCAUCGACCUCGUCGAGGGCCUCGCGACUCCACUUGGCUUGGCGCUUAAUCCAGCCAAGUGUUCAUCUCUGCAUAUGUGCGGGGGAACCCCUGUUGGAAUGCGGCCCACCGUCUUCACGGUCUCGGGAGUCCCCAUCACGCCGCUGGAGGACAGCCAGCCGCUACGUUUCUUGGGACGUCGCGUGGGGUUCCGCAUUCCAACAAGCUCAGGAUCUGUCAUCGACGACGCCAUCUCGCAGGCCCGCACCAUCCUGUCUUCCAUGCUGGCCCCUUGGCAGCGGUUGGACGCCGUGCGUACAUUCGUAUACCCGACGCUCAACUUCGCCAUGCGGUGCGGGGUUCUUGGCAAGACUGACUGGCGCAGGCUCGACGACGCCGUACGUCCACUCGUCAAGCGGACCUUGUAUCUCCCGACAAACGCAUCCACGCACUACGUGUACGGGAGUGCCGCCGGCGGAGCUGCUGCAAUCCCCGUGGCCGCGGAGCGGAGCGACGUUUGUCGCGUCGACUCCGCUAUCAAACUUCCCACCACGGCGGACCGGGAGCUGCGGACCCUGGCGCUAUCGGACGCCUACGCGGUGGCCUCGGCGCGUCUCGGCUGGGAGGCGACCCGGUCGGAGCUCGAGGCCUACCUGUCGGGCGAGAUUGACGGCGCCUUCCGCACCCCUGCCACCCAGCUCCGGUCCGUGUGGACGGAGGCCCGCAAGGCUUCCCGUCGCCUACACGUUUCGUGGCACAUCUCACCAGACAACACGUCCCUGACCUGCGCCGACGUAACCAUCCCGUCGACGCACCGGAACCGCGUCAUGCGGUCCAUUCGCGAAGUCCUCGCGGCGGACCGCGACCGCGCCCUGCUGGCCCAGCCCAACCAGGGAAAAGUCAUGGCCUGCGUCUCGGCGGACCGCGCCAGCUCUCACUUCAUGCGGAGUGGGGCGUACACCCACUUUGCCGACUGGCGUUUCGUGCACCGGGCGCGCCUGAACCUUCUCCCUCUCAACGGCGCCGCCAUGUGGGGCCCCCCGGACCGGGACCAGCGGUGCAGGACCUGCGGAUACCAGCGGGAGACUCUGCCGCACGUGCUGGGCCACUGUAUGGCAAGGAGUGCCUUGUACACGGCCCGGCACAACGCCGUCGUCGCCCGCAUCCGCACCUACAGCAUCGCUUUUGAGAGCCGGCCUGUCGGAGAUACCGGCUUGCGGCCAGACCUUGUCCUCGUUCGUGGAGAGGAAGCCAUCGUGGUGGACGUGGCGUGUCCCUUCGAAAACACGCGCGAAGCGUUCGCCAACACGCGGAACGACAUGGUCUCCCGCUACGAACCGGUCGCCGCCUACCUCCGCCGACGCUACCAGCGGGUCACGGUAGCAGCCGUCAUCGUCGGUGCGUUGGGCGCCUGGGACCCGGAUAACGACCGCGUCCUGCGCCGACUCUGCUCCCGGCCCUACCUACGGCUGUUUAAGAAGAUCUGCGUCAGCGAGGUGCUGGCAGCGUCCCGGAACAUAUACCACGUCCACUGCGAUGGUGUGCCCCAGUGCGAUGGUGUGCUCCGGUGCGAUGGUGUGCCUUGUGAUCUGUCCCCCCAGAGCAUCUGCCAAGAAAAGAAGAGGAAGAAGAAAAAAAGGAAGACGAGAAAAAGAGCGCGCGUGGGAGGCCAGAUUGGAACAAGGGGGCGCGCGGAGUGA